CUUCAAUGUCUGACUCUGGUUCGAAUUCGAUAUCCUUCAGUUCUGAUUCAGGUUCAGACUCGGCAGAUGAAGGCACCCAAUGUCAGCCUGUGGCUCCACCGAGCAGUGGCGCCUCUAUUGAACACUACCAACAGUAUAUCAAAUAUCUCCAGCUUCAACAAGGGCAGCUCCAGCAGCGGAAUGCAUCUCUGAAUGAGAGCAAUGGCAUUCUGGCUGCACAACAGCUGAAACGUUCUCGUAAACGCCCUCAAACAUUGUCGUCUAGGGUAUCGUCAAUGUCGCAAACAGCAUCUGCGAUACUGUCCGCAUCAGAAUCUGCUGUCUCAGCUCCUGCCUCAUCGACGACGAAUGAUGUUGACAAGCUCAUUUUAAGCCUGGCGAAAAAAUAUGCAUUAACUACCGAGAUGUUUCUCCCUGACAAGGUUAUUUUUCAAACAGACUGUCCUGAUCCUGCAGUCGACUUCUCGAAUCCAAAUCGUUAUGCGAAGAAGUCUACAGCAAAGGAUGCACUCGUUGCUGAACUCUAUGCGUCCAUUGACCACACGUUGCACGCUCAGAUGCGAACAAAUGCAUUCUUCAACCAGUUCGGGAGCGGAAUGCAGCAAGCUCGCUCAUCAUUUCUAAACAGCCUGCGUACUGUUGCAGGCGGCAUCUUCAACAUGCCCAAUGAAUUUUUCGUUUCGAAAUACGACCGAACUUCCCUCUCACAGGAACUGGAUAGUCAUCGCAAAGGUAAGGCUAUGAAGGUUGCGGUAUGCGGAAAGAUGUCAUUGUAUUCCAAAGCACGUGGCGGACCACCUUCCUACGCUAAGAUGUGGAAGCUCACAAGCUGCACUCCUGGCCUGAUCGCAUUUAGCGUCACAUCGGAAUUCUCGGGUGAUGGAGUUGGUGCCAUUUCCUCGAUCGCGUAUCACUCCCUCUUUCAGACAGUCAAGAAAUUCUUCGUUGUUAAGUGGAACCACCAGCGCAUCAAAUCGGUCGUCGAGCAAAUCAAUGGAUACGUCUUUGAUGGUACCGUCAAGACGCAGCCAUCCAAUGACACUCAGUGCACCAUGGAGCAAGUCACUGAAUCACUUGAUCGUGUUAUGGCCGCGCUGGACGCCAGUGAUUCAGACUCAAACGAUGAUUCAGACUCAUUGGAAUAUGUUAACUUGCCGGUACAGGCAGCUAACAUCCAUCCGACUGUAACUGCAGCUGCAGCUGCAACCAUUUCAACCUUGCAACCUAAGACAGCCGUUGACGCUCCCCAACUCGAAGCCGCAGUCCCGCAACCCAAAGCCGCAGUCCCGCAACCCAAAGCCGCAGUCCCGCAGUCCGAAGCCGCAGCCCCGGGGCCUAUCAUUCAAGUUGAUACUAGCCUACAACCUUCCAUUUCAACUCCGUGUUUUUCAACUCCUAUGGCACCAUGUGUAGAGACUUUGGUGGAUGCCCAGGGUCAGAGCGAGGACGUAUCACCAGCUAUUGGGCUUGUUACUAUUGCCAAACCUCAGGCAAAGGCAUCCAGGGGCAGGAGGAAGCCCAAGAGUCAGACAUUGGCCAGUGAUUCUACCACUAUUCGCCGCUCCUCACGUCACGCUGUAGCAUGA